AUGGAUGCAUUACGGUUUCUAAAUGAUGAUAAUAAGGGUGGUGAUGGCACUUUCUUUCCAACAGAUUCGGGACCAAGCCCACCUGGUGUAGGACAUCCUAUUAAGGGUGGUGAUGGCACUUUCUUUCCAACAGAUUCGGGACCAAGCCCACCUGGUGUAGGACAUCCUAUUAAGGGUGGUGAUGAUUCGGGACCUAGCCCACCUGGUGUAGGACAUCCUAAUAAGGGUGGUGAUGACACUUUCUAUCCAACAGAUUCAGGACCAAGCCCACCUGGUGUAGGACAUCCUAAUAAGGGUGGUGAUGAUUCGGGACCUAGCCCACCUGGUGUAGGACAUCCUAAUAAGGGUGGUGAUGACACUUUCUAUCCAACAGAUUCAGGACCAAGCCCACCUGGUGUAGGACAUCCUAAUAAGGGUGGUGAUGAUUCGGGACCUAGCCCACCUGGUGUAGGACAUCCUAAUAAAGGUGUUGAUGACACUUUGUUUCCAACAGAUUCGGGACCAAGCCCACCUGGUGUAGGACAUCCUAAUAAGGGUGGUGAUGGCACUUUCUUUCCAACAGAUUCAGGACCAAGCCCACCUGGGGUAGGACAUCCUAAUAAGGGUGAUUCGGGACCUAGCCCACCUGGUGUAGGACAUCCUAAUAAGGAUAGUGAUGACACUUUCUUUCCAACAGAUUCGGGACCUAGCCCACCUGGUGUAGGACAUCCCAGGACUACAUAUUUUUAUAUGAAUUAA